AUGUCUCAACCGGGUUCAUCGAUCGGGAUCACUCGAAAUCUGACCGAAGUUUUCGUUCUGCUACGAAACAACGCUCAACAAAACAAAUUCAUUUAUGGAAAUGGAAAUGCUUCAAGAAAUGAAGAAAAACUGAGCCUUGUUGCAUUGGAGGAGGGAAAUGAGCAUCGUGACUCUGAGCAACCCAUGUGGAUUCACACAUCGGAUGAAGUUGAAUUUGAGUUCGGAAGAAUACGAUCUCGUCUCGAAGAGUUAGAACAAAUGCAGAAACGGCAUCUCUCAAAACCGAAUAUUGGAGACGAAAACUUUGAGGAAGAAGAAAAACAAAUGGAAGCGAUGACCGAACAAAUCACUUCAAUGCUCGGACAUUGCCAGAGAUUGAUUGGAUUAUUGCGAACACAAUCCGUUGCCCGUGAGUCAAGCUCUGAGCAUCGUCUACGUGAGAACGCGAUCUCAGCUUUAUUGCUAACCCUUAGCGAUAUCACCAAUAAUUUCCGAUCUCGACAAACAAAUUACUUAAAAAGAAUCAAGAGCCGAACAAAUCAUUUGGAUUCUUAUUUGGUGACAAGUGGACAAACAGAUGAACCAUCUUGGGAUCAACUUGUUGAUUUGACUCCAACGAAAGAAUAUAGCAUGGUUCAACUGCAACAAAUUAUGAAUAACGAGAUCGAGGUUCGGCAGAGAGAAAAUGAGGUGUUGGCUGUAAAUAGUUCAAUUCGAGAGUUGAAUCAUCUCUUCAAAGAUGUUUCUCAGAUGAUUAUUGAUCAAGGAACGAUUUUGGACAGAAUUGAUUAUAACGUCGAACAGGCAUCAAUUCGAGUAAACAAAGCGGUGGCAAGUGUUGAGAAAGCAGAAAAAUAUCAGAGAAAUGACAAGAAAAUGCAUUGUAUUUGUUUCCUAGCUGCUGCCAUUCUUUUAGUUCUUCUUUUUAUUGUUUUAAAAAAAGCUAUA